UGCAACUUCACAACCAAGCCUAUUUUCCAGUUUAUUUCAUUAGCUUUUAUUUAACAGGACAUUAACAUCUGCCUAAAAAAUGGAGAAAUUGGUCACCAUGAUGAUGACCAACAAACGUGAGUCGCGCUUUACGGUAACCGAUAGCAUGGCCAAGUUGGCGUUGUCGCGAUUGGAUUCGAUUUGCAGUGCGGAAAGCAACGAGAGGACAAUCAUCAAGAUCCUGCUGUCAAUUGAGGAAAAGUUUCGUAUUUAUUUCGAGUCCAAUCAGAAGGAGCUGGAGCUGCAGAGGAUUGCUGCCCAGACGUUGUGGCACUUGGUCCAGCGCUAUCUGCUCGCCGUGCAAGUGGACACCAGUUGCAUGUGCCCGAAGAUCUACGAGAUUGAGACGGAGGAGGCGAUCAGUACCAAAUAUUAUAUGCACUACCAGGUAAUUGUGGGCUCCAACAAAAGCCAGCAUGUGGGCAUCCAUGCCCUGCGGCCCUUUGUCCUGGCCUUUCGCCGUGCCUGCGACAAUCUGGACAUGGAGGACGAGACGCCUUUUGUCAUGGGCGAUGCCUUCCAUAAACCAAUUAAAUUCUUUAUCGACUUUGUGGACGAGAUCUUUAACUACUUCUACAGUGGACACUUGCAGCUGGAGUGUGCUGCCCGCCUGCUGGAUCCCGGCAAUCUGAAGAGCCUGGAGUAUUAUCAGGAGCUACUGGCCCCCAACGAGGACUUUAAUGAGUACUUUCUGCACAAUCUUAGCUACUGCAAGUGCCUGGGGCAGCCGCUCAAGUGCGCCUCCUUCCGGGAUCAUUUCAAAAAGGAGAAGAAGGACAUGUUUGAGGCCAGUAGGGAGAAGGCCAAGCUGUCGCGUUGCGCUAGGCGCGUAGAAAAGAUGUCAAAGCCAAAGUCCGAACCGCCAGCCGUGAAGCGUCGAAUCUCGCUUUUCAACUCUCCAAGAGAGCUGAGCGUUCGGGAAUCGCUCAACUCGCUGUAUCAAAGGCACGUUUCGCUGCAGCAUCAUCGAAGCCUAAAAUUCCUGUUGGGCAACGUUAUGAGCGUUCAGCACAUUCAUUAAUCCGAUCCACUCGAAAUUUCUGUUUAAUUCAAUUAAAUACACAAAGUGCAUCUGCUGAUGGUCCUUGAGCACUCGUAUAAACUGGA